AUGCUGUUCAACAUCCUAAAAGGCACAGCGGUGGAUGAUGGGCGCAAAGUGUCAACAGUGGCGAGGUUAAGAAACCUGCACGAAAGAGCCUACGAGAACUGGGAUCACGCUCCCCACAGACUCCCGGCGCCUACGACAGUGCCGGGCACCCCGGCGGCGCUCAAAGCGCAGGAAGAAAGAAUGAAUAAAGGAGAGAAUGGAGGAACGAACGGAGCGAGCGACGGACCAGCUGACAGACAGACAGACGGAUGGACGCGGAGACCCCGGCCCGUCUCAGCCCCGUCCCCCGGCCUGAUCCCUCCCGGAUCCCCGACGCACCUGCCCCUCGCCCCGCCGCGAGGCUCCAAGGCGCGAGCCCAGAGCCCGGCGCGCCGCUCGGACACUCACCCGCCCGCGGCCGCCCGGGAGCGGCAGCGCCACCCACCCGCUUCAUCGUGCCCCCUCGGCCGCCGGCCGGGAAAGGGACAGAACGCGCGAGCCGGAAGCGCUCAAGCGCUGGGCCCGCCGGGACUUGUAGUUCCCCGGCUCUCGGGGUUCCCAGGGGCGCCGCACGCGCGGCUCUUCAGAAACUACGACUUCCGGUGGCUCCGAGGUCGCGGGGCAGGAUUGGCGGCUACAGAAUCACUCUAUGUUGCAGAUCGGAGUCUGAUUGGCUAUGUGUGUCCGUCGCUCACGGUUACGUUCAAUGGCCUCUGCAAAAGGGAGGAGCUUGGGUAUGUUGUAAGAGACCGCCCCCAAAAGAAAUACCACGGCGCGAUUGGUGGAAAUAACAGGAGUAGAAAGCGGAGCGUAUCAGCGGUGAGGGGGGCAGGUACUUCCGCCAGGGUUGCCCAAUCACAGGGACGGCGCAGUUUCUAUAAAAGCUUGAGCCGGCGGCGCUAGCGUUCUUUCGGAUCUAGUAGGAGUCCGGGUGUUCUUGUUGUUGGGGUCUGUAUGCCGUGGUCCGGGGAGGAGCUGGGCGCCGAGUGGAACUGAGGGCGUCGCCCAACGCGGCAGGCCGGCCUAGCCUCGGGGUCCAGCUUUGGCCUGAGCUCCAUCUUGGUCCUCAGCGCUGUACACGUUUCUUCCCCCCCCAACCCCGAGUUUCGCCUGGGAAGUCCGAACGUCCAGACCUACAUCUCCCUACAGGGCCAUCGGUGACCCGGCUGGAGACCUUGAACGUAAAUCAGCAUCAGUCCAGGGGCCUGGUGGUAAGGUGGGAAUCCAUGUUUGUGUCUGAAGUGCUUAGCAAUAAAACCAAGGUGGUGAGUGGA